AGCUUUCUCUAAACCAGUAGUGGGGCUAACAGGACGGACAUGGAUCGCUUUAAUCAUUGAUAUAUGCUUAAUUACUAGGAAUAGCCUGUUUGAUAAUGCAGAUUUAUUAUAGUUUUAAGUUUAAACAUAUUGAUGCAGAUUUGUCGGCCUGUUGAAUAUGCUAAUUUUAUGUGCAUUCUUUGAGUUUUCAAGAAUCAAACCACAUCAGAAGCAAGCAAGGAAGUAGAUUCAACUUUUCUUUAUACUUCAUCUGAUAUCAUACAAGCACAUAACCUUUGUUGUUUCCUUCCCACACCACCCUAAACAUUAGUGUUUCUGCAUUAGAGGCCUAAUAGAUGGAGUCAAUGCUAACACCUACAGCCAAAAUGCAGCAACCUGUCAGAGGUGAAAGACUUAUGAUUUCAAUGUCCAAUGACAGUGUGAUGUUAAAACAAAUUCAGUCAGUUCAUGCUCCUGAUGGACGUGUCAUUGAUGUCAGACCUCUUCUGCAUAUUGUUGAAGACAUCUUCAACUGUGCCGACUCAAGUUCUAAUGCUGUUGAUGCACCGGGUAUGCAAGCACAUACCGAAGCAUUUGAAGACCAGACCUACAAAACCAAUGUAACUGACAUGCUUGACGCUUUUCUCAUUGACCGAAUUUCUUGUGAGAUGGCAUUUAAAUGCACUGAAACUGGGGAAGCACAUGCAGCUACAAUGUCCAUAUUGAACAUGGUAUCCUACUAUUCUUGGGAUGCCAAAUUGGUGAUAGCUUUAUCGGCUUUUGCUGUUAACUAUGGGGAGUUCUGGCUCCUUGCCCAGAGUUAUAGCUCAAACCAACUAGCCAAAAACCUGGCUAUCCUCAGACAAGUACCUGAAAUAAUACGGCACUUAAACAUGCUGAAGUCUCAGCUUGACACAAUUAAGAAUCUUAUCAGAGCCAUGCUAGAUAUUGCCAAGUGUAUAGUUGAUUUCAAGGAGCUACCGUCCAAGUACAUUACAGCAGAUGUGACUGCAAUGUCCAAAGCCAUGGACCUUAUACCAAUAGCUAUCUACUGGACCAUCAGAAGCAUUUUGGCCAGUGCGUCUCAGAUAACUGGCCUUUCAGGAUUUGGAAAUGAGUAUCUUUUAUCUACUACAGAAUCUUGGGAACUAUCAAGCUUGGUUCACAAACUCAGUAACAUGCACAGCCAUCUAGUAGGUCUUCUGGCUACCUGCUAUAAACACAUAGAUGAAAGAAAAUUUAUUGAAGCCUACCAGAACCUUCUAUAUUUGUUUGAGACAGCCCAAAUUGACAACAAUAAGGUUCUCAAGGCGUUGAUUAACCCAAAGGAUGAUCCACUACCACUUGUUGAUGGAGCCACCAAGAAAAGGGUUAAUGUUGAUGUUCUAAGGAAAAGAAAUGUUCUACUGCUCAUAUCAGAUGUAGACAUCUUGCAAGAUGAAGUUGUAAUUCUUGAACAGAUAUAUAAUGAGUCCGAGAGCCAACCAACAAGGCUGGAAAAUCAAUAUGAGUUUGUGUGGCUCCCAGUGCUAGACCCGUCCGUCCCAUUGUCUAAGAUCAAGCAAGACAAAUUUGAGAAUCUAAAUGGUAUUAUGACAUGGUACACAUUGCACCACCCUUCAAUGCUUGAUGGGGCAGUAUUCAAGUUCAUUAAAGAAGUGUGGCAUUUUGAGAAGAAGCCUAUUCUUGUGGUUCUAGAUCCACAAGGACGGGUUGCAUGCCCAAAUGCACUUCACAUGAUGUGGAUUUGGGGGGCUUUGGCCUUUCCUUUCACCACUGCAAAGGAAGAUACUUUAUGGAAGGCAGAGACUUGGAAACUUGAGUUGCUUGUGGAUGGCAUUGAUCCUGUGAUUUUGAACUGGAUAUCAGACGGAAGAUUCAUAUUCCUGUAUGGAGGAGAGGAUAUAGAGUGGAUUAGAAAAUUCACAAACACCGUACAUGAUGUUGCAAGAGCUUCUGGUCUUGCCCUGGAAAUGGUUUAUGUGGGAAAGAGCUAUCCAAAGGAGCGUGUCCAAAGAAAUAUGGCUACUAUUACUGCAGAAAAACUUAGCUAUUGCUUGCCAAACCUGACUGCAAUUUGGUACUUCUGGAUUAGAAUAGAGAGCAUGUGGUACUCAAAGCACCAACUUAGCAAAGCAGAUGACAAUGAUCCUAUAACUCAGGAAAUUGAGACGUUGCUUUCAUUUGAUAGCAGUGAAGGGGGAUGGGCUUUGCUUAGUAAAGGUUCAUCAGAGUUGACUAGAGCCAAGGGAAGUGCAUUUCUAACUUGCUUAUCAAAUUAUAAUCUGUGGGCAGAGGAUGUGCAAACAAAAGGUUUGGUUCUGGCAAUACAUGAUUACUUUCUGCAGCAUCCAGCCCCACACCAUUGCAAUCGACUAGUUCUACCAGGUACUGCCCGUGGGAUACCAGAACGAGUGAUUUGUUCUGAAUGUGGACGUACCAUGGAGAGGUACAUUUUGUACCAGUGCUGCGAUGAAUAA